AUGUCUAGACCAGCAGGACGUACUAUACUAGCUUCGACAAUUGCAAAGCCCUACCAAGAGGAAGUCAUUGCUGCAGUGAGUAAACUUAGUUUCAGACCAACUUUGGUUGGUUUUUUGGCCAACGAUGACCCAGCAGCAAGGAUGUAUGCAAAUUGGACCGGGAAGACAUGCGAGUCCUUGGGCUUCACUUAUAAACUAGUCGAGACCUCAAAGAACGAUUUGGAGACUUCUUUGAUCAAAGCAAACAAAGACAAUGACGUCAAUGGUAUAAUGGUUUACUUUCCUGUCUUUGGUGACAAACAAGAUCAAUACUUGCAACAACUUAUUUCACCUGAGAAGGAUGUCGAAGGUUUGAACUUUUUAUACUACCACAACUUGUACCACAAUGUGAGAUUCCUAGAUCCACCACAUAACCAACAAAAGUCGAUUAUUCCUUGUACACCACUCGCAAUGGUGAAAAUAUUGGAGUAUUUGGGCGUAUAUAACAAUAUUCUUCAUUACGGAAAUAGGCUUUACGGGAAAAAAGUAUUGAUUGUGAACAGGUCAGAAGUUGUGGGUAGACCACUAGCUGCAUUGCUUGCCAACGAUGGAGCAACCGUUUACUCGGUCGAUAUUAAUAACAUCCAACAAUUCACCAGAGGUGAUGACUUGCUGGAGCGCCGACACUUAGUGAAGGACUUGAAUGAUGACGAGUCGAGUUUGGAAAAACUUGCACCUCAAUGUGAUGUUAUCAUUACAGGUGUUCCUUCCGAGUCAUACAAGUUCCCCACAGAGUUGGUGAGUCAUGGAACUGUUGUCAUCAACUUUUCAAGCUUCAAAAAUUUCAACGACGAUGUAAAAGAAAGAGCAGGCUUAUAUGUUCCAUCAAUAGGCAAAGUGACAAUUGCCAUUUUACUAAGGAACUUAUUGAGACUUAUCGACAACAAACAGAUUAGACUGCAGACAGAGUCAGCUUAA